AUGACCUUGGUGUCGCAUUCGUUUGCUGAGUAUUAUGCCGCGUUGGUCGCGCGUGAGCCGUUGCCUGAUGAGCUGCUAAAGCGGAUAUGCCGAGAGGAAACAGGCAGACGGAAACUCAUCGAGGCGGAGGUUGAUGCAGCUGUGAAUGAUCUUCGCCAUCUCAUUGGCGUAAUGAUUGGCGAGCGCAAGAGAGCGGAAAGCGCAUCUGCCCGCAACAUUGUGCCCGAUAAGCAUGCACUUAUGGUGAUGGAGCAAGAAACAGCAGUGUGGCUACCUCCGGUUCCACCGCGUGGUAUCGUGCCACUGAAGAGACGCUUUUUCCCUGGAUUUCCAAGGACCAAGUAUAACCAGCUUGUGGAGGAGGAGCAGGAGUUGCGUCAAUGGCUGACUGCUCUGGAGAAACGCCAGCGCCAACCCAUUGAGAAGUUGUGCUCUGAGUUAUGGUUUCUUUUGCUGUGCUUGGGCCAGUGCAGUCAACGGGAGGCUGAUGCUCGUGAGCGUCUGGAACGUGAUGAAGGGGAGGAACGCCUCACCAUGCGUCGUAACGUGUUUCGUCUGGCUUCACCGGACUACUUCCGUAAUCUUUGGAUUGAGCGGUAUGGAGUGAAGUCCAAGCCCGAGAAGAAGACAUUUGCUGAAGUGUGGCAAGAAUCUCGUAACACGGUUGAGCAAGAGGAACACGAGGAUUGGUGCUGUAUGUUACGCUGGCUUUUUGACAUGUACGGGGUUAGUCUGUUCUCCGUCAGCCGCAGGGAAGUCUCAGAACGGUAUGAAAUUGAGGAGGAGGAAGAGCACGAGCUUUGGCAGUCAAUGGUGGAGUUGUCACGCAGCACAUUUGGACCAUAUAUGAAGUACACAUCCAUUGUGGCAUGGCAUUCAAUGGGGCAUCCUCCACUGCUACGCGAGGUCACAGCGUUGGGUGCAGGACACGCCCGUCAUGAGGAGGCAGAAGCAAUGAGGCGAGAGGAGGAGCGUAAAAGAGUGCUUACUCUUCAUGGUUCAUCAGGGGCGUCCUCGUACGAAGAACAGGAGGAUGAUUGUGUUCACGAAAAAGAUGAUUCUUGGCAAGAAAUUGGGGAGGAACCCCAUGAGGAGGCAACGGAGGUUUCUGCCGUUGCAGCAGCGAAGGGCGAGGAGUACCCAGUGGAAGCUGAGGCGCCUGCUGUUGCUGCUGCUGAGCACGUGCCGGAGGCGGUGCCGGCGCCAGAGGAAUCCC